AUGUUCCUCACCCGGUCUGAGUACGACAGGGGUGUGAAUACUUUUUCUCCUGAAGGAAGAUUAUUUCAAGUGGAAUAUGCUAUUGAGGCUAUAAAGCUUGGUUCUACAGCCAUUGGGAUCCAGACAUCAGAGGGGGUGUGCCUAGCCGUGGAGAAGAGAAUUACCUCCCCACUCAUGGAGCCGAGCAGCAUCGAGAAAAUUGUAGAGAUUGAUGCUCACAUAGGUUGUGCCAUGAGUGGGCUAAUUGCUGAUGCUAAGACUUUAAUUGAUAAAGCCAGAGUGGAGACACAGAACCAUUGGUUCACCUACAAUGAGACCAUGACGGUGGAGAGUGUGACCCAGGCUGUGUCCAAUCUGGCUCUGCAGUUUGGAGAGGAAGAUGCAGAUCCGGGUGCCAUGUCUCGUCCCUUUGGAGUAGCACUGUUAUUUGGAGGAGUUGAUGAGAAAGGACCUCAACUGUUUCAUAUGGACCCAUCCGGGACCUUUGUACAGUGUGAUGCUCGAGCAAUCGGCUCUGCUUCAGAGGGUGCCCAGAGCUCCUUGCAAGAAGUUUACCAUAAGUCUAUGACUCUGAAAGAAGCCAUCAAGUCCUCACUCAUCAUCCUCAAACAAGUAAUGGAGGAGAAGCUGAAUGCAACUAACAUAGAGCUAGCCACCGUGCAGCCUGGCCAGAAUUUCCACAUGUUCACAAAGGAAGAACUUGAAGAAGUGAUCAAGGACAUUUAA